AACAUAGAGGUAAUACUUUUAUUUAACAUUAAUAGCGCAGUUGUAGUAAAAACACGAGUAUCGGUAAUAGUGUGGGACAACGUGUACCGCAUCUUAGAAGUCGGAGCAUACGGUGUCGUGCAUUUUAGGAAGGGAACGCGUGCAGCCGUCGUCGGAAGGAAGGAGAAAGGGAGAUAAUCCUUUCCAGGUCGGUCGCGCGUCUCUUCGACGAUACUUCUAAACCAGCAGCCGUCCAGUUCGGAAUCACCGUCACUAUACCGUCACGUCCAGUGAUUACCGGACGAGUCGGCCAACUUGUAUCGGCAGUCUCAACCAGCCGUCCCCGGAGCCGACUACUCAGAGCCUUCUACCAAGCUGCUGUAGUGCCACUACUGGUGAUCGCGAUGGGCGUGGGCUACGACAGUGACGAGAACACCGUGGAAGAAUGUCCGCUGGCCGACGAUCUGCGGCUGGUUGCCAAACAGGAGCUGCGCGAGGAUGAUAUAAUCAGGACGCACUCGCUACGAGCCAUGAGAAACUGGAUCAGGAAACACCCGGACAUCGUAAACUGCCGUACAGAUGCACCUUUCCUUUUGCGAUUUUUGAGAACAAAAAAAUUCAGCGUCCCAAUGGCGCAAGACAUGCUGGAACGAUACUUGGUAAUCAGACAACUGUAUCCGCAAUGGUUCUCCAAACUAGACGUCGACGACCCGGUCAUAUCCGACAUACUAGACAGCGGGUACCUGGUCCCGUUGCCCGGCCGAGACGAGUUUGGCAGAUGCGUGAUGUUCUCGUGCGCCGGCCGAUUCGACCCGUACAAGUACACGUCAGCGGACAUGGCACGCGUGCACGCACUGAUCGGUGAGAGUCUGAUGGACGAUCCCGAAAACCAGAUCAAAGGUUACAGUUAUGUGAACGACGAGUCCGGCUUACUGAUGGGACACAUGACGCUGUGGUCCUUUUCCGACAUAAAACGUAUCAUCCGAUGUUUGCAAAGUUCGACCCCGAUGAGACAUAAAUCAACUUACUUCAUAAACGUUCCGAAUUUCGCUGAUAAAUUCUUCACAGCCACAGUAUCAUUUUUGAACACCAAGCUCAAGAGCAGAGUAAAAUUCUUCACUGGUCAAAAAGACAUACAGAAAUUCAUCGACCCGAAAUAUCUCCCAAAGGAAUACGGAGGCGAAAUACCGCUGGACACGAUGAUAGCUGAAUUAAAAAAGAAACUCCGUGCUAAACGUGAAAUGCUAUUAGCUUUAGAUGACAUGAAAAUCAACGUAAAUGGCAAAGGGAAGAUAAUCAGUGAAUUUGAUGACAUGCAAAAAGAACUAACUGGGUCUUUUAGAAAAUUAGAAGUUGAUUGAUUGAGUUAAAUUAAUUAUUAUAUUGUUAAAAUAAUAUUAUUGUAUCCAUUACCAUCAUUCAUAUAGAUUUUAUUUGUUUUGUAAUGUUUAUUUUUUAUUUUUUUUUUUUUUUUUUAAUAAAGAACAAUAUGGUUUCAACAAAUUGCAUAAAAUUUUAUUGUCUUAUGUUUGCCGUUAAAUUACACAUGUUGUCACUAGCAGUAAUUAAAAAAAUGUACAUAAACAAAAAUAUAUAGUAAUUUAAAUAUUAUAAUACACUUAACAAAAAUAUUAUGCUUUAAAGUAUGAUAUAUAAUCGAUAUCACAAGUUCAAACGAUUAACGCGUUUUGGUCAUGGUGUAAACAAAAUAAUGCUUAUGUUUUUUUAUACACUUACACCAUGGUAUUGGUCAGUCGCUACCAGUAAGACAAAAACUAAAAGUAAAACAAAUACGAUGUUACAUACUGGCAAACAUGAAAAUAUUUUACAAAAAAAAAA